UUGCGAUGGCUUGGAAGAUGCAAAGCUUCAGGGCUACAGCGUCAUCAUCCCACCAUCAUUAUCAUCACCAUCAUCACGAUACCAUUCCUUCUACUGUUUUCCAUACCUCUGAAAUGUACUGCAACUCCCCUGUUCCGCCACCACCUCCUUACUUUUUCCGAGGAGGAGGAGGAGAAGAAGAAGAUGAAGACUGUAGAAGCCAAACCCGGUUUGGUGACCUUGGGGAGCUUGAUCAUCCCCAACCAACAACAACCCACUCUCUCCCCCACCUCCUUCUGCUUUCCAACACCACCAUGCUGUUGAUUUAAGCCCAAGCUCCAUGUUCAGUUCAAAAUCAGGAAACAAUGUCGCCCUCGCCCAUGGAAGCAACAGCAGUUUACAUUUCGCUUCGCCAUUGAUUACGACUGGGAUCGGAGAGGUAGCAGCGGCAGGGUGUUUGGACACAGGGCAAUACCUGUACGGGAGAGCGACAUUGUUGGGGAACGAGCAGCAGAAUAACAACAACAAUAGCAACAACAGUAGUAGUUGUGGUGGUAAUCUCGAGAAGUGGGGGGAUUCAAUUUCAACCUCGACUGGGAUGGGUGCAGGAGGAGGAGGAGAUACGAGCCAGCAGACUACUGACACUUCCACAGAUGUCGAUACUGAUGAAAGAAACCAAUUUCACCACCAACAGCAGCAGCUUGGUGAUGGUGGCCAACAUGGCUCAAUUUUGGUGGUUGAUUCCAUGGAUCAAUCCAAGGGCAAAAUCGAUGACCAAAAGCAGAGUCUUCGAAGGUUGGCUCAGAACCGGGAAGCAGCCAGAAAGAGUCGCCUGAGGAAGAAGGCUUAUGUCCAGCAGCUUGAGAACAGUCGCUAAAGGCUUACCCAACUCGAACAAGAACUACAACGUGCGCGCCAACAAGGAAUUUUCGCCGCCUCCACAGGUGCAUCGGUGGACUACCAUGGCCACUCAGUAUCAGGAAAUGGAGGCGGUGGUGCGAUGGC